CCACUAUGACAAGUUGAGAUUAUUGCAUUGAGAAAAACAAAAUAUACACAAAAAGUGUAAAUAUUGAUAAGUUAUCGUAAUGUCGGAAACACAUUUGGAGGCGCCUCCAUCGGUGCGUCUAACAAACGAUGAUUUUCGCAAGCUGCUGGCCACACCGCGUGCUCCGCCACCAGGAUCCUCCACAAGCAGUGGAGGAGGCAGCGGUUACCUUGCUACCGCCCAGUUUGCAACGCCUGCAGCGGUCAGUGGAGAAAAGAAGAAAAGUCAGAGCAGCAGCGAGCGCAACGAUUUGCGACGCAAAAAGAAGAAUUUCUAUGCAGCUCUCAAAAAGCAGGAGGAUGUGAAGCUGCAGGAGCUCUCUGAGAAAUACAGAGAUCGGGCACGUGAGCGUCGCGACAAUGCGAAUCCCGAUUACCAGAAUGCCAGCACACCGGGUCACGGUAGCAGCACCAACGCGUAUCGCGCUGUGGCACCUGAUGUCAAGAGUGGUGUGGAUGCGGCGGAGCGACGUCGGCGUAUUAUUCAGGAGUCAAAGUUCUUGGGCGGUGACAUGAAGCACACUCACUUGGUGAAGGGUCUCGAUUAUGCGCUGCUGCAAAAAGUGCGCUCCGAGCUACACACCAAGGAAGCCGAAGAGGAGGAGCUUGCCGCAGCUCUGGCGCGCGAAAAACUCGCUGAAGCUGCAGCGGCUGCGGAGCAACUGGAGGCAGAACGUCGCGAAGCCGAAGAUAUCAAUGCCAUCAAUGGUCAGAUGGCACGCAACAUUUACAAUCUCAUCCAGGCACGUCGAUCCAAGGAGGUGCCACGCAACGAACUCUUUGCACCCGGUCGCAUGGCCUAUGUCAUCGAUAUGGAGGAUGAAAUGGAUAUGGAUAUACCCACAACCCUGAAGCGUUCCAAGUACGAGGUGCCCGUGGCACGCGAAGACAUUGCCACGCUGACUACCAACGACAUUGUCAUCAAUAAACUCUCGCAGAUUUUGAGCUAUUUGCGCGCCGGAGGACGCAACAAAAAGAACAAGAAACGCGACAAGGAUAAACCGUUGUUCUACGAGAAGGAAGUGGAGCAUGUGCGUGGCCAGCAGCAUGUUGGCAGCGGUAGCAGCAGUGCGGCAGGCGGAGGAGGAGCAGGAAGCAGCUCUACAAGUGGCGGCAAAACAAACAAACCACUCGGCGAUAGCAUCUACGACGAUGUGGGCGACUAUCAACCAAGUGCAUCGCGUAGCGACCGACAUCAUCAAUCCAAAGCCAACACUCAAUCCUACUUUGGGGAUGCGCCGCCCGAGGUAGCCGAGCCGGUGAUAACCAGUAUACCGCCACCGCCAAAGAUAUCCAAGGCAAUGGCAUCGCGAUUUGCCAAUGAACCGGAAGGCUAUGCCGAGUGCUAUCCGGGUUUGGAGGAGAUGAACGAUGCUAUUGAUGAUUCCGACGAUGAAGUUGAUUAUACCAAAAUGGAUUUGGGCAAUAAGAAGGGACCGAUUGGUCGCUGGGACUUUGACACUCAGGAGGAAUACUCGGACUACAUGAGCACCAAGGAGGCGCUGCCAAAAGCUGCCUUCCAGUACGGUGUUAAGAUGCAGGAUGGCCGCAAGACGCGCAAAAAUAAAACCGAAAAGAAUGAAAAGGCCGAACUCGAUCGCGAGUGGCAAAAGAUUCAGGGUAUUAUACAGAAGCGAAAAUUACCCAAGGACGGCGGCGGUGGAGGAGGUGGAUCAGGAGGCGGUGGGGGUGAUGAGCCUGACUAUAAAUCUGCAAAAUAUUGAAUGUCUGAGAAGCCAGUUAGAAGUGAUGACGGUUAUUCUAUUGAAUAUGUUGAAAUUGACUUUAAAUAUCUGCUAUCGAAGGGAUGACGAAAUAAUUUUAGGAUGCGCUAUAAUCUUAUAAAUUUAAUUGUAGACGCCAUAAUUAAUAACCUUUGCUUAUCAAUAAAUAAAUUGA